GUUCUGUUAGUAAAAAAGCGAUUUUAGAGAGAGACGUAAUACUGUUGCAUUUUUAUUUCAAAAUGAGUAAAUCAACGUUUUCAAAAUAUGCCGGUAAAGUAGCAGUGGUAACAGGUGCCUCUUCAGGAAUUGGUCAAGCUAUUGCGGAAUUAUUGGUGAAAAAUGGUGUUAUUGUAGCAGGAGUAGCUCGAAGAGUUGAACGAGUUCAAGAACAUUCUAAUCAAUUAAAAAAAUUACCAGGUAAACUACAUGCCCUUAAGGCCGACCUAACAAAACCAGAAGAAAUUAUCACUGUAUUUAAGAAAAUCACAGAAGAAUUGGGUCCAAUUUAUAUUCUUAUAAAUAAUGCCGGUCUUUUACAAGCUUGUAAUAUUAUUGACGGAGAUUAUGAAAAAUGGAAAACAACACUUGAUACAAAUGUAUUAGCUAUGGCACUUGCUUGUCGAGAAGCUAUUAAAAACAUGAAAGAGCAUAACAUCAAGGGACAUAUUAUAAAUAUGAAUAGCGUAGUUGGACAUCAAAUAACCUAUUUUCCUGGACUAAAUGUUUAUCCAGCCUCUAAGUUUGCAGUUACAGCUUUAACAGAAACUUUGCGUCUAGAAAUAAACAAUGCAAAACUACCAAUAAAGAUCACCAGUGUUAGUCCGGGAUACGUUAAAACUGAAUUCGUAGAAGUCGCAUGGGGGAAGGACGGUAGCCAGAAAUUUGAACAAAUGCCUGGAUUAAAUUCAGAAGAUAUUGCCGACGCAGUAGAAUAUGUGUUGAAAACUCCUGAUCAUGUUAAUAUCAAAGAGUUAACCCUUUCCGUACAAGGAGAACAAUUUUGAUUUAACAAUUAUAUAUUAUUACAAUAUUUUAAUUAGAGUAAGAUAAAACUUAAAUCAUAUUAUGUUUAAAUCAAAAGAUAUUAAAUAAACUACAUUUUGAAGAAUA